UCCUGUGCCAUACUUUGACUAUACAUCACCCGCUCCUCACUGUCUGCUAUUUAUAUCGCUCAUGCUCGCUAUGAUCGCGCUGUUGACAUCUGGCUCGAGCAUGAUACGUUGGGUACAUGCCGAUCGGCACUGGACUCAGGAGGUAGGGGUCAUUCUCGCCGUGCCGAUUGCGCCGACUGACCUAAAUAUGAUCAGCAACUUAAGUCGGGCAGCUACUUCGUGCUGUCCUACCUGCUGUCAAUAGUCGCCCCCAUGUCCUUCGUUGCCUGGUCCCUGCAUUGUUUCAUAUUUGCGAUGUUGAUAACUGGCUUUUCCUCU